AGUGUGUUUGAGGCACAGCCGCUCAGUGCAGUGCGCAUGCGCUGUUCGCCAUAUUGCGCAGCUGGGCGUGAGAUGGUGCGUCGAGACCAUCGCGGCUACACUGUUUAUUUUCGUCGCGCUCAAUGACUUUUCAUCCUGUUGUUGGUAAAAUACAGUGCCGAAUCCCAGUCUAACAGGGUUAUCACUCAAAUGAAGGACUCGUGUCGUCGCUUUAAAUCGUUUUAGAGAUCGUCCGGCUGAAGUGUGUCACGCGCGCUAGCCGCUAACAAGAUUCACACCAAAAGUGGAGAAAAAAAAGACAUUGAUUCACAGGAGACAGAACAGGACGUGUGAAUGGACCCUUUACUGGCGUCAGUGUCUUGCUGAAACGAGUUCGAAACGGCACCCGGGAGCCUCUCCGAGGCGGAUAAUCAGCGCAGGAUGUCCAUCACAAACACGCCCACCAGUAACGAUGCCUGUCUGAGCAUCGUCCACAGUCUGAUGUGUCACAGGCAGGGCGGCGAGAGCGAGACCUUUGCCAAACGGGCCAUUGAGAGUCUGGUGAAGAAACUGAAGGAGAAGAAAGACGAGCUGGAUUCCCUCAUCACCGCCAUCACCACUAACGGCGCUCAUCCCAGCAAAUGUGUGACCAUACAGAGAACACUAGACGGCCGGCUGCAGGUGGCUGGUCGUAAAGGAUUCCCACAUGUCAUUUAUGCACGGUUAUGGCGAUGGCCUGACCUUCAUAAGAACGAGCUGAAACAUGUGAAGUACUGCCAGUUUGCCUUUGACCUCAAAUGUGACAGCGUCUGUGUGAACCCCUACCAUUACGAGAGAGUGGUGUCUCCAGGAAUAGAUUUAUCUGGACUCACACUGUCAGGCUCUGGUCCAUCAGGCCUGAUGGUGAAGGAUGAAUAUGAUUAUGAAUCGCAGCAGUCUCUGCCCAGCACUGAGGGACACAUGCAGACGAUUCAACACCCUCCCUCCAGACCGGUGGCCCCGGAGCCCUUCAACACGCCCGCCAUGCUGCCGCCAGCAGAGGGCAGCAGCUCCGCCUCCACCUCCGCCUUCUCCAGCAUCGCGGUGGGAUCAACAACUCAGCCCAAUAGUGUUCUGACAGGAAGCCAUAGCAGUGAGAGUCUGCUGCAGAUUGCAUCAGGGACAGGGCAGGGCUCACAGCAGAAUGGCUUCCCACCAGGCCAGCCCUCCACAUACCAUCACAAUGCCACUUCCACCUGGUCGAGGAACAGUAAUUUCACCCCCACUGUCCCUCACCAUCAGAAUGGCCAUCUUCAGCAUCAUCCACCCAUGGCGCAUCCGGCACACUACUGGCCUGUUCACAAUGAAAUCGCAUUUCAGCCACCGAUAUCCAACCAUCCGGCUCCUGAAUACUGGUGCUCCAUUGCUUAUUUCGAGAUGGACGUUCAAGUCGGAGAAACCUUUAAAGUUCCCUCCUCCUGUCCGAUCGUGACCGUCGACGGCUAUGUGGACCCGUCUGGAGGAGAUCGCUUCUGCCUCGGCCAGCUCAGCAACGUCCACAGAACGGAGGCCAUCGAACGGGCGAGACUGCACAUCGGGAAAGGCGUCCAGCUGGAGUGUAAAGGUGAAGGGGACGUUUGGGUGCGCUGUCUGAGUGAUCACGCCGUCUUCGUUCAGAGCUACUACUUAGACCGGGAGGCCGGCCGCGCUCCUGGCGAUGCUGUACACAAGAUUUACCCCAGUGCAUACAUCAAGGUGUUUGAUUUGCGUCAGUGCCACAGGCAGAUGCAGCAGCAGGCGGCGACGGCGCAGGCAGCAGCGGCCGCACAGGCAGCAGCGGUGGCAGGAAACAUCCCCGGCCCCGGAUCCGUGGGAGGAAUCGCACCUGCUAUCAGUUUGUCUGCGGCUGCUGGUAUCGGUGUGGACGAUCUCCGCCGGCUCUGCAUCCUGCGCAUGAGUUUCGUGAAGGGCUGGGGUCCCGAUUACCCGCGGCAGAGCAUUAAAGAGACGCCCUGCUGGAUCGAGAUCCACCUGCACCGGGCGCUGCAGCUGCUGGACGAGGUUCUGCACACCAUGCCCAUCGCCGACCCCACGCCGUUAGACUGAGACACUGUGCAACCAGACAAACCCAGCGCCGCCCAACUGUGCGAAUGACGCAGAGAGAACAGACGGAUACAUACGUUUCAUUUGCUCAUUUUGUUUUUGCCUGUGUUGCUGUCAACAUUUUCGACCCCAACCAAAUUUAUCAUCUAAAAAGUUUUGCAUGAAAAAGAUCUCUGCAGAGGUGCAUGCUGGGAUUGGGUUCAGUCUUCAAGAGCCGUUUUAAUGAAUUUGUUUCCUUUUUCAUUUCCUUUUUACUUUGUUUUGGCCGUCAUCUCUUAAUGCAAACCUUGACCAGAGUCUCACAGGCCGAACAUUUGACAAAUCAAGUAGCAAUUCAUUUGCUGUGUUUGGGUUAAAGCGGUUUGGUUUGCAUGUACAUAAGCUUCAAGAUAACUGACUUGACCAUUUUUUUAUUUGCAAGUUUCUCGCCUGCAUACUGUUAACCAUCAUAGCAAGACUCCUAACGGUUAGUCUAAAUUCACACAUGCACCGGCUUUAUUUUUGUUCUGAACGCUUUUCUUUUAGCCAAGUACAUGUGCUUAGCACUUCAUGUAUGUUUCUUUUCCGUUUCUCUUCUUCGCAGCCUGUGAAUAAAAAAUAUUCUGCACCUCUUUUACAGACAUGAACACGGUUAUGAAUUGGUACUAAGAUGGUUGUCCUGGUUUAAUGCAGCUGAUUUACUGGUUAAAGGUCAAAAGGGCUCUGUUUGACUCAUAAUGACACUUUUAUACCAUUAAUCUCUCCGUUUUUUUUAGAGCAAGCAUCACGUUCCCCUUCUGAUGCCUGAGAAUAUCAGUUAUUCUUACAGUAGAUGACGGUCAUGCAUUGAUACGAGAUGGACUGGAACCACCGUGUGUUUUUGAUGUGAACAUUGAAAGCCAUAUGAAAUUAACAUUAUGGAGAAAAAAAAAGAUGUCAGUAUUAUCCGGAAGCUUGUUUUUCUUUUUGAAAUGACAGACUUACUCUUGAGAUGCCAUAUGUGACGGUUCAGACAAUCAUGUCAGCCUCGCAUGUCUGGAGUAAGAUCACACGACCGAUUGAGCCUGAUUUUCUUUCUCUGUUUGAAAAGAAAUAGGAAGAUCCUGAAAUGGAAGUUUCCUCAGAUAGCUCAUACUUUUAGCAGUUUAUCAAAUACAGUAAGAUAUUAAAUUGAUUUUGAAGUCUUGUGUA